GGCGGCAGGACGGGGGGCGGGGGCGGCCACCUGGCCCGGACCACCCCGGCCCGCCGCGCAGUCAACAAAGUGGUGUACGAUGACCACGAGAGCGACGAGGACGACGACGACGAGGAGGAGGACAUGGUAUCGGAGGAGGACGAAGAGGAGGAGGAAGAGGACGGCGACGCCGAGGAGACCCAGGAUUCGGAGGACGACGAGGAAGAUGACAUGGACGAGGACGACGAUGACUCCGAUUAUCCGGAGGAGAUGGAGGACGACGACGACGACGCCAGCUACUGCACGGAAAGCAGCUUCAGGAGCCAUAGCACCUACAGCAGCACUCCAGGUAGGCGAAAACCGAGAGUACAUCGGCCUCGUUCUCCAAUAAUAGAAGAAAAAGACAUCCCCCCCCUUGAAUUCCCCAAGUCCUCUGAGGAUUUAAUGGUGCCUAAUGAGCAUAUAAUGAAUGUUAUUGCCAUUUAUGAGGUACUCCGGAACUUUGGCACUGUUUUGAGGCUAUCUCCCUUUCGCUUUGAGGACUUCUGUGCUGCUCUGGUGAGCCAAGAGCAGUGCACACUCAUGGCAGAGAUGCAUGUUGUUCUUUUGAAAGCAGUUCUGCGAGAAGAGGACACAUCUAAUACUACCUUCGGACCUGCUGAUCUCAAGGACAGUGUCAAUUCCACUCUGUACUUCAUAGAUGGGAUGACGUGGCCAGAGGUGCUGCGGGUGUACUGUGAGAGUGACCAGGAAUAUCAUCACGUUCUUCCUUACCAAGAAGCGGAGGACUAUCCGUAUGGACCGGUGGAGAACAAAAUCAAAGUUCUGCAGUUUUUAGUGGAUCAGUUCCUGACGACAAACAUUGCUCGGGAGGAGCUGAUGUCUGAAGGGGUGAUCCAGUAUGACGACCAUUGUAGGGUUUGUCACAAACUCGGGGAUUUGCUUUGCUGUGAGACAUGCUCAGCCGUGUACCAUUUGGAAUGUGUGAAGCCACCUCUGGAGGAGGUGCCAGAGGAUGAGUGGCAGUGCGAGGUCUGUGUAGCGCACAAGGUGCCUGGCGUGACUGACUGUGUUGCUGAAAUCCAAAAGAAUAAGCCGUAUAUUCGACACGAACCUAUUGGUUAUGACAGAAGCCGGAGGAAAUACUGGUUCUUAAACAGAAGACUCAUAAUAGAAGAAGACACAGAAAAUGAAAAUGAAAAGAAAAUCUGGUAUUACAGCACAAAGGUCCAGCUUGCAGAAUUAAUGGACUGUCUGGACAAAGAUUACUGGGAAGCAGAACUGUGCAAAAUUCUAGAAGAAAUGCGAGAAGAAAUUCACCGACACAUGGACAUAACGGAAGACCUGACGAACAAAGCUCGGGGCAGUAACAAAUCCUUUCUAGCAGCAGCUAAUGAAGAAAUUUUGGAAUCCGUAAGAGUCAGAAGCGGGGAAGAUAUAGACUGUGAUAAAAGCCUGGAAGAGAUCGAAAAAGACAAGAGUGAGAUGGAGAGCAACAGCUCCAGAGAUGCUGAGAAAGGCAGAGAGGACUUGGAGGACCAGUCCCUCGACAAAGACAGCGACAACAAAGCUUCAGACGACGGUCCUGGGCCAGGGAAACCUGAGGAGCCAACAGAAGUUGGGGAUAGAGGUAACUCUGUGCCAGCAAAUCUUGGCGACAACACAACAAAUGCUUCCGAAGAGACUAGUCCCUGUGAAGGGAGGAGCCCUGAGGGGUGUCUCUCAGAAACCCAUGAUAGCAGCAACAUGGCAGAGAAGAAGGUGGCAUCCGAGCUCCCCCAGGAUGUGCCAGAAGAUUCUAACAAGACAUGUGACAGCAGUAACACUAGUGCUACCACUGCCUCCAUCCAGCCUAAUCUGGAAAACAGUAACAGCAGCAGUGAACUCAGCUCUGUCCAGAGUGAGUCUAAGGCAGCGGAUGAUCCUGAAAUCGGAGAAAGAGACUCCCACACACCUGUCUCUGUUCAGGAAGAGAUAGGUGAUUUCAGAUCAGAGAAAUCUAAUGGAGAAAUCAGUGAGUGUUCUGGAGCAGGAAGAGGAGGAUCAGGCUCCACACGCAUCAUCACCAGGCUGCGGAAUCCUGAUAGCAAACUCAGUCAGCUGAAGAGUCAGCAGGUGGCAGCUGCAGCCCAUGAAGCAAAUAAAUUAUUUAAGGAGGGCAAAGAGGUACUGGUAGUUAGCUCUCAAGGAGAAGUUUCACGGUUGAGUACCAAAAAGGAAGUGGUCAUGAAAGGAAAUGUCAACAAUUACUUUAAAUUGGGACAAGAAGGAAAGUAUCGUGUCUACCACAAUCAGUACUCUACCAAUUCAUUUGCUCUGAAUAAGCACCAGCACAGGGAAGAUCAUGAUAAGAGGAGGCACCUGGCACAUAAGUUCUGUCUGACUCCAGCCGGGGAGUUCAAAUGGAAUGGUUCUGUCCAUGGCUCCAAAGUUCUUACCAUAUCUACGCUGAGGCUGACCAUCACACAGCUAGAAAGCAAUAUCCCUUCAUCCUUUCUUCAUCCCAAUUGGGCUUCACACAGGGCAAACUGGAUCAAGGCAGUUCAGAUGUGUAGCAAACCCAGAGAAUUUGCAUUGGCUCUAGCAAUUCUGGAGUGUGCAGUUAAGCCUGUUGUGAUGCUGCCAAUAUGGCGGGAGUCUUUAGGCCAUACCAGGUUACAUAGGAUGACAUCAAUUGAAAGGGAAGAGAAGGAGAAAGUUAAAAAAAAGGAGAAAAAGCAAGAAGAGGAAGAAACAAUGCAGCAAGCCACGUGGGUGAAGUACACAUUUCCAGUUAAGCACCAGGUUUGGAAACAGAAAGGGGAGGAAUACAGAGUCACAGGGUACGGUGGCUGGAGCUGGAUUAGUAAAACGCACGUGUAUAGGUUUGUUCCUAAAUUACCAGGCAAUACUAAUGUGAACUACAGGAAGACAUUGGAAGCAACCAAAAAUAUUGUGGAUGAACACAAGGAUGAAUCAGAUAAAAGAAAAAGUCCACGAAGUCCAAAAAAAAUUAAGACAGAAUCUGAUUCUGAGAAAGGUGAGGUAAAAGGUUCAGAUGCUACAAAAGGAGCAGACGAAGCUGAAAUGGAUGUCUCCAAGAUGUCUGAGGAGAAAGACCAAGAUGUAAAAGAACUUUUAGAUGCUGAUAAUGACAAACCCUUCAAGGAAGAACCAAUGGAGAUCGAUGACAUGAAACCAGAGUCUCAUGUAAACUGUCAGGAAAGUGCACAAGCAGAUGUGGUCAAUGUCAGUGAGGGUUUCCAUCUAAGGACUAGUUACAAGAAGAAAACAAAAUCAUCCAAGCUAGACGGACUUCUUGAAAGGAGAAUUAGACAAUUUACAAUGGAGGAAAAACAGCGCCUUGAAAAAUUGAAGCUGGAGAAUGGAAUUAAGGGAACAGGAAAAUCUUCUACAAGUUCUUUGAAAAGUCUCUCCGAAUCACCUGUAACAUCAAAAGCAAAAGAAGGGUGUCAGAGUGACUUCACUGACCAAGAACAGAGCCAUAGUGUAAGUAGUGCUAAGCCCGAGGACUCCAUGCAAGAGUGCUCACAAAGUGAUUCCUCAGUUCUUGACGUCAGUGAUCCUAGACUUACCACAAACAAAAAAGUCUGUCCAAAAGAUCAAGUAUUAGAUGAUAUCUCUGUUCAGAAUCCUGAGCCAUGUGAUCAGAGACAGAAAAACUCUGUUGAAAAUGACAUAGAUACCAGUCUCUCUGAACCUGCCAGUAAAGGACCUCAACUAAAUCAGACUAAAACAAAAGGAAGUGAUUACUUCAUUGAUGAUUCCAAACCAGAUGACAUUGGUACUUUGAUCUAUAAAAAUAGAAAAUCACCCCUACAGGAAGAUAAUGGCACCAUUACUUCUUCUUCUAAGAGUACUUUACCUACAUCAGUACCUAAAAGCACCAGUGACAAAGAUGCCCAGUCCCUCCCAAAAGGAAUGAACCUUGAUGGGAAACUAGGCUGUGACUCUGAAUACAAUAGCACUGUGGAAAAUAGUUCUGAUACCAUGUCUAUUCAGGAUAGCAGCGAAGAAGAUAUGAUUGUUCAGAAUAGCAAUGAAAGGAUUUCUGAUCAGAUCACGAUUCCAGAACAAGGUGUCGAAAGCAUAGAGCCUUCGAAGUACGAGUUUGUUUCUAAGUCCACUGAAAAUUCUGAUGACAAGGUACAAGGUAAAGUAACUGAGGCAAAUGGUAAAAAAAUAAGUCAACACGAGAAACUCGAUGAGAGACCAUUUAAUAAAAGUGUUGAUCAAAUAAGUCUAAAAAAUACCACUGACAAAAAGAAUAAUGAAAACCGAGAGCCUGAAAAGAAAGGACAGAAAGCAAAUAAAUUUCAAAUUAAUGGCAAAGAUAAUAAACCUAAAGUGCAUUUGAAAGGGGAAUGCUUGAAGGAAAUCUCGGGAAGUAAAGUAGGAAGUGGUAAUGUUGAACCAAAGGUCAAUAAUAUCAAUAAAAUAAUCCCUGGAAAUAUUAGGUCAGAGUCUGUUAAAGAAUCUGUUAUUAAGCCAUUUGUUAAUGGUGACGUCAUCAUGGAAGAUUUUAAUGAAAGAAACAAUUCAGAAACCAACUCAUGUUUGCUGAGUUCUUCAGACACUGAAGGUAACUACCGAGAUAGCCUCGAGACCCUGUCAUCAACCAAAGAGUCUGACAGUACCCAGGUAACCUCGCCCCCACCCUCUUGUCCAGAAAGCAACUCAUUUAAUCAGGUGGAAUAUAUGGAAACUGAAACCCCAGAGGUCAAGAAAGUUACUCCAUCUCCUGUUACUUCUGGAGAGGAAUCUAACCUCAGUAAUGACUUCACAGAUGAAAAUGGUCUGUCCACUAGCAAAGAUGAAAAUGUCAGUGGAGAAUCCAAAAGAAAAACAGUCAUCACAGAAGUCACCACAAUGACAUCCACAGUCGCUACAGAGUCAAAAACCGUGAUCAAGGUAGCACAGGGUGACAAACAGACUGUGGUGUCUUCCACAGAAAAUUGUGCCAAAUCCACUGUCACAACCACCACUACCACUGUAACAAAGCUCUCUACACCCUGUACAGACAGCGGUGUGGAUAUCAUCUCUGUAAAGGAGCAGAGCAAAACUGUCAUCACCACAACAGUGACAGACUCCUUGACCACUGCAGGAGGCACACUGGUGACCUCUAUGACGGUGAGCAAAGAGUAUUCCACAAGAGACAAAGUGAAACUGAUGAAAUUUUCCAGACCGAAGAAGACGCGUUCGGGUACAGCCCUGCCAUCCUAUAGGAAGUUUGUUACCAAGAGCAGCAAAAAAAGCAUAUUUGUGUUGCCCAAUGAUGACUUGAAAAAGCUGGCCAGAAAAGGAGGAAUCCGAGAGGUCCCUUACUUCAAUUACAAUGCAAAACCCGCCUUGGAUAUCUGGCCGUAUCCUUCUCCUAGACCGACCUUUGGUAUCACAUGGAGGUAUAGACUUCAGACCGUGAAGUCCUUAGCAGGAGUGAGCCUGAUGUUACGAUUGCUAUGGGCCAGUUUGAGAUGGGAUGACAUGGCAGCAAAGGCUCCUCCAGGAGGAGGGACUACACGGACAGAAACUUCUGAAACUGAAAUCACAACCACGGAAAUAAUUAAAAGGCGAGAUGUUGGCCCUUAUGGCAUUCGUUCUGAGUACUGUGUCCGGAAGAUCAUUUGCCCCAUCGGAAUCCCAGAAGCACCAAAAGAAACACCUACACCUCAGCGGAAAGGCCUUCGUUCAAGUGCAUUGCGGCCAAAGAGGCCAGAAACACCCAAGCAGACUGGCCCUGUUAUUAUUGAAACCUGGGUAGCAGAAGAAGAGCUGGAGCUGUGGGAGAUCAGGGCUUUUGCUGAGAGAGUGGAGAAAGAAAAGGCACAAGCAGUCGAGCAGCAGACUAAGAAGCGGUUGGAGCAGCAGAAACCUGCAGUCAUCGCAACCUCUACCACAUCCCCAACAAACAGUACAACCAGCACCAUCUCUCCAGCUCAGAAAGUUAUGGUGGCUCCACUGAGUGGCUCAGUCACCCCUGGAACUAAAAUGGUCCUUGCUACCAAAGUUGGAUCUCCAGCCACAGUCACAUUCCAGCAAAACAAGAACUUCCAUCAAACCUUUGCCACAUGGGUGAAGCAAGGCCAAUCCAAUUCAGGCGUUGUCCAAGUACAGCAGAAAGUUCUGGGCAUCAUUCCAUCAACUACAGGUCCAAGUCAGCAAACCUUUACUUCAUUCCAGCCCAGGACAGCAACCGUCACGAUUAGGCCUAAUGGCUCAGCCUCUGGAGGAACCACCACCACCUCACAAGUAAUCACAGGGCCUCAGAUCCGCCCUGGUAUGACUGUGAUUAGAACUCCAAUCCAGCAGUCGUCACUAGGAAAGGCAAUUAUUCGAACGCCUGUGAUGGUGCAGCCAGGGGCUCCCCAACAAGUGGUGACGCAGAUCAUCCGAGGACAGCCUGUUUCCACUGCAGUCUCUGCCCCGAGUGCGGCUUCCUCAUCACCUGGGCAGAAAGCCUUAACUCCAGGAACACCAGCUGGUACUCUACCGACUUCAGCCCCACCGACCCCUCGCCCCCAGCAAGGGCAGGUGAAGCUUACCAUGGCUCAGCUCACUCAGUUAACACAGGGCCACGGUGGCAAUCAAGGUUUGACAGUAGUCAUUCAAGGACAAGGUCAGACAACUGGACAGUUGCAGUUGAUACCUCAGGGGAUGACUGUCCUCCCAGGGCCAGGACAACAGCUCAUGCAGGCUGCAAUGCCCAAUGGUACCGUCCAGCGAUUUCUCUUCACCCCACUGGCGACCACAGCCACAACUGCCAGCAAUGGCACCACCGUCUCUACUACAGCAGCAGGUUCAAGUGAACAAAAACAGAGUAAACUACUACCCCAGACCCAAGUGCAACCAACCAAAACCUUGGCACCAGCUCAGCCAUCGAGUGUGAGCCCUGCAGAGGCCCAGCCACAGACUGCUCAGCCUGCAGUGCAGCCCCAGCCCCAGCCCCAGCCCCCAGCUCAGCCUGAAGUCCAGACCCUGCCUGAGGUCCAGACCCAGACAGCUGUCUCGUCCCAUGUCCCUUCUGAAGCACAGCCCACCCAAGCACAGUCAUCCAAACCCCAAGUGGCAGCACAGUGGCAGCCUCAAAGCAGUGUCCAAGGACAAUCUCCUGUUCGUGUCCAGAGUCCGCCACUGACUCGAAUACGUCCAUCAACUCCAUCCCAAGUGACUCCUGGACAGCAACACCAGGUUCAGACUACAACCUCACAGCCGAGUCCACUUCCACCCCCUGCAUCUCUGCAGACACCUUCCCAAGGCCAACCACAGUCUCAGCCCCAGGUGGUGAUGAAACACAAUGCUGUAAUAGAACAUUUAAAACAGAAAAAGACCAUGACUCCAGCUGAAAGAGAAGAGAAUCAAAGAAUGAUUGUCUGUAACCAGGUGAUGAAGUAUAUUUUGGAUAAGAUAGAUAAAGAAGAAAAACAAGCAGCAAAGAAACGGAAGCGUGAAGAGAGUGUGGAACAGAAACGGAGCAAGCAGAAUGCUAGCAAGCUCUCUGCUCUGCUCUUCAAACACAAGGAACAGCUCAAAGCUGAGAUCCUGAAAAAGAGAGCACUCCUGGACAAAGAGCUGCAGGUCGGAGUGCAGGAAGAGCUGAAGAGAGACCUGAAAAUGAAGAAGGAGAAAGACAUGGCGCAGGUGGUGCAGGCCAGUGCAGCAGCACCCACACCCCCGGUGACCGUGGUGCCAGCAGCACCCCCAGUGCCUCCUCCUUCUCCUCCCUCGGCACCCGCUCCACCACCCCACCCCACAGCCCUGCCACCUGCAUCUUCCCAGAAGAGGAAGCGGGAAGAGGAGAAGGACUCCAAGUCUAAGAAGAAGAAAAUGAUCUCCACUACCUCAAAGGAAACUAAGAAGGACACAAAGCUUUACUGUAUCUGUAAAACGCCUUACGAUGAGUCAAAAUUUUAUAUUGGCUGUGAUCGGUGUCAGAAUUGGUACCACGGGCGCUGUGUUGGCAUCUUGCAAAGUGAGGCAGAGCUCAUUGACGAGUAUGUCUGUCCACAGUGCCAGUCGACAGAGGAUGCCAUGACAGUGCUCACACCACUGACAGAGAAAGACUAUGAGGGCUUGAAGAGGGUACUGCGCUCCUUACAGGCCCAUAAGAUGGCCUGGCCUUUCCUUGAACCAGUAGACCCCAAUGAUGCACCAGAUUAUUAUGGUGUUAUUAAGGAACCCAUGGAUCUUGCCACCAUGGAAGAAAGAGUACAAAAACGAUAUUAUGAAAAGCUGACGGAAUUUGUGGCAGAUAUGACCAAAAUUUUUGAUAACUGUCGUUACUACAAUCCAAGUGACUCCCCUUUUUACCAGUGUGCAGAGGUUCUUGAAUCAUUCUUUGUACAGAAAUUGAAAGGAUUCAAGGCUAGCAGGUCUCAUAACAACAAACUGCAGUCUACAGCUUCUUAAAGUUCAGCGUGUAAACUUAACCUAAAACACAGCAAGAAUCUGGUUGUCUGAACUAUUUUAAAUUAAAGAGCCAGAUGUUUUUAGUCAGGUUAUCCUGACAAGACUUGACCUAAACUUCGUUUUUAUUGGUCAUAACAGUCCAAUUGUAUUCUUGGCCAAUUUUGUCCAACGGACAAAGGAAAAGCAAAGUCAACGACACCAUUAUCUUGUCAAGAUCAAAUGGUUUUACUAUUGUGGCAGAAGCGGGAAAACUUUGUUUAUUGAAAAAAAAAGAAAAAGAAAGCAAGAAAAAAAAAGAUGCUAUGGGGUCCAGUGUAACUCCAUGGAAAUGCCACGUCUGCUCUUCAGUGAAGAAGCUGGUUUAGAGUCUCACAGAAAACUUUUGACUGUAUUUAUUUAUUGUUGCAAAAAAGACGCUUUUUUAUUGCUGCCCUCAUUUGUCAGCUAAUUAUUUUUUCUUAUAAAAUCCAGCCCCGGUUCCAUGUAUCCAUCCUGUAUCUUAUCAUGAUUCCUGUAGGUAAAGUACAAGACGACCUCUAGAUGUCUUUUCUUUCUAUGAAAGGAGCUGCUAUGUACACAUGUGCACACACAACUGGGAAUCAACAAUGAGUUUUAUUGUUCAUGGUAGAGAAAAAUGAAGCUUGCAGAAAGGUUGGGCUCAGUGGUCCUGGACUACAGACUUCGUUGCCUUGACUAUACCAGUACAAUUUGUCAUUUACUCCGCACCAGGCUGAAAUGAGCAAAAUCUAUUUGAAGGUAUCUUGUUUGUAAACAUUUGUCAGAUUCUAAUUUUUUUCUUUUUGUAUUAAAAUUCAAAUAUGGAUGUAUAUGAAUCAAAAUAAAUGGAGAUAAUUUUUCUCCCACAGAUGGAGGUCUCUUUGAAUGUGCGCUAAUGAUUAUCUCUAAACUAAGCCUUUGUGGGGAGAGGGAGGGUCGCCACAGAUGGCAGGCAACAGGCUCUGAUCAGACCUGAGUUUCUCCAGGAUGGCAGUGGCCCUCCCUUUCAGAAUCCCAGCCCAUUGUCACCACAUCAGAGGAAAUCUCCAGGGAACUCAUCAGUUGAUCAUACCUGUAAUAACGCUAAUAUGACACAGUACACAUGGCCUGCAUCCAUGCUCUGUGUGAUUGUAGGCAAAUUACUAGUUAGAAACAGCUACCUAUAGUGUAUGAAGGGCAUUUUUUUAGGUGACUUGUCAUUUGUACUCUUUGUUGGGUGUUUGGGUUAACUGCUCCACAUAGGGAAGAGGAGUACACGCAGUGGAGAGGCAGUAGAAAGAGCAGAGAAGGUGUACGCUGCACGUUUCCUUCCAUGUUCUGACCUUACCCAUUGUGUUGCUGUUGUCUUAAUGGCUUCUCUAAAACUCCCAGAGCUGGAUUAUGCAGCUUUGCAAAAACUUCCCUAGACUUUGCACUAAUUCAUACUAGCUUUGUCCUACUGAGUUCUAGAAUUUACCUAGUUUUUGUCUUUUAAAAGUCUCUUGUUUCACGUUGCCCUGCUAUGCAAAACCUUCCCCAGACCUUAGUUUCUAAAAAGAAAACUAUGGCUACAGUUCCCAACUCUCUUAUGACAGGCUCAGGUGUAUAGGUUCCUCUGGGUGUAUACGUUUCCUCAACUGAAGCCCGUUCCUUUUUGUAUAAAGCUCUGCUUACAAACUAAAGAAACUAACUGCUCAAUAUGGAAACAAAUUUUUUGCUUAAAAUAUUAAGAUGGAAGUAGUUAAAUACAGCCUAUUUUGUCCUUUUAGUUAAAAAAAAAAUGUUCCAUGUUGUAUGCACUGUGCCGAUGCAAGAAUUCUACAUUUUACUGAAUUACAAUGUUAUUCUGCAUCUCAUCAUGUCACAGUAUUUCUGUGCUAUUUAUUCAUACAUAUAUGGGCUUAAUCAUAAAAAACUUGUUGCAGCAAGAACUUUCCUACCUGUAGGCAAUAGAUUGCUAUGUUUUUAACAAAUUGUGGUGAAUUCUAAAAAAUUCUUUUUGUACGUAAUAGGACAUUUCAUCCUAAAAAAAUAAAAGUAAUGUUUUUGACAUUGGA